AUGGUUUCAAUUUUGCGGAGGAUGAGAGCCUUGAAGGCUCUUCUACAUAUCAGAGUCGGCCUCGGAGCUGCGGUUUUACCCUCACAAUCCGCAAACUCAACCUCGACCAUACCUCCAGUUACCCGCCUCCACCUCACGUAUUACAGAAAAAUGCAUGAAGGCCAUCAUGGAGCCCGCAAAUUCUGGCGCUUAUGCCUCCCCCGAUUAAAAUAUUACAACCCUGCAGUGGGAAUGACGGUCAAACAGCUAGAUGAUGAAGCUGGACCUGCCAUAUUAUCUAUAUACUCUGCCAAAACCGCAGAUGGUACGACAGCCGCAGGAUCGGGGACUCUCGAUAGCUAUGCUCCGCCUCCCACGGAAUCGGAGACGGUCAGAACAAUCGAUGUAAAGGGCAAGGAUGUGGAACAGAUAUGGGCGGCAUUUAAAUCCCUGACAAAGGCGGAGAAUGUGCCGGUAGAAGAGGAGGAUAAGAAGGAGAUGGAACUACAAGCUAAAUUGAAUGCUCAAAGUGAGAUUGAUCGACAGCGAGUAGCUAUGGUUCGAAAAGCGAGAAAGGAUCAAGAAGCCAUGUUGGAGGCUGCAAAGGCAGCAGUCGCCAAACAACGGGAGGAGUAG